AUGCCGGUAAAUCACGCUCGACAUCGAGUUAUGGCACUCUACAAGGAAUUGCAUAGACUUGGACGGGACUAUCCCGACCCAUCAUACGACUUUCAUGGAAAGCUACGAAAGAUGUUUGAAAAGAAUAAGGAAUUGAGUAAUCCCGAAGAUAUCGAAAAGGCGUUACAGUUUGGAGAAUUUAUUCGUAACGAAACCCUCGCUUUAAUACGGCUCAGCAAGUACCGACAUCUAAAAAGAGCAUAUCCGCCCCUUGCGGAGCCGCCACCAGACAGACCACCUCCAACCUGA